AUGCCACUAGUUUACACUAUGCCCGCAGUUUCGACAGCCCGCCGGGCUCGCACCGCGCUUUCCUUACCUGUUGUUUCGACAACCAACCCCAAUGCUAGGUGCUGCUUCGGCGUUUCUAGCUGUAACCUCGGCUACUGCUGCAGUCUCGACCUGCUAUUUCGCUACCUGCUGUCGGCUGCCUCAAUACAGGACGCCGCUGAUGCGGCCAACGGGUCUCGGCUCGACCUCCAUGAUGUGGUGAGCCGCCUCCUCGUGGCGAUGCGGGCGGCCACCAUGAACUUAACGUCUCCGGUGGUGUGGCCCGGCUGCGCCAUGGCGACUCCGGCAUCUCCGGCGUUCCAGCAGCCCAAGACCGGCCGCGUCAAGGCGAAGCCGGUCCAGCCCAUCGUCGUGCUAGAGAGUAGCUCAGGCGAGGACUCGGGCUGGAAUUCCGCGGGAGCCUCUCGCCCCCCCCCGGAGCCAUCUUCAUUGGCGGGCAAUGGUCGGGCACGGCAGUAGGCCAAGCGCCACACGAGCGGGACUCGUGGCAAGGGAGGCGGAUCGGGCUCAGGUUCAGACCGGAGUCUCACCCGGAAGCACGGCGCUCGGCAGGGUCCUUCUUCCAGGCAACAAGUGAAACGGAGCUUGGAUGGAGGAGCCCCUGGACCAGACGCUUUCCAGCUAUUGUUGCGUCACCUGGCGGAGCAAUUCGACGUCGGAGACCGCCAAGAGUCGUUUUUGCGGCUGCAACAAUUUGGCGUAGCAGAUGGUACUCCUUUAGCGGAUUAUCUUCGGGCUUUCCGUUUGUUAGCUUCGUCUGUGACUGGCUCUGAGCGUACUUUGGCCCCUAGUGUAUCCAUGGUUCUCGAAAUAGUGCGAAACUCGGUCGACAAGCAAUUUCCGAGUCUGUCUCCGCUUUUGUACCCGGGUGUUUUGGCCACUGCGGUCACUCCCUUUGAGUCGAUUGCGGUUAUAUGGGAGGC